AUGGUUGUGGGCCUGCUCUAUAGUGGCGAUUUUCCCAUUGGACCACAAAAUAUUGUCCAUUCGCUGCAGACUGAACUCUUCUACGAGCUUACGUUAGCAGCCAAGAAAACAUGGAGAGAUAAAAAUUAUCCAGAACGUUUGUCUAUAUAUGUCUCCUUCGCCAAGCUCUGCAAAAGCUAUCUAGAUGUCGCUGACGAAGAAUCCUUCAAGAUCUGUGACACAAUGGCUAAAGAGGCGAAGUUCCUUGGCAAAGGUAACUUGGACGACGAUCAAUGGAAGGAGUCAAACCGUUCGAUUGACCUCAUUAAGAAAUUAAUAGGAGAUGCACUACAUGAACGAGAAUUAAUGGAAGAUUCGGAAUAG